CUGCCCACCGGCCUCAGAGCCAGCUCUGGCUCUGCCAUAAUGGGGCUGCCCCUGCCAGGGCUGUGGCUGAAGAGGCUCUGGGUGCUCUUUCAGGUGGGCCUGCACGUGGCCAUGGGCAAAGUGCUUCUGACACUGUUUCCCGGGAGAGUCAAGCAGAACAUCCUGGCCAUGAGUGAGAAGACUGGCAUGGCCAAGAAUCCCCACUUCUCCUAUGAAAACUGGAUCCCCACUUUCUUCAGUGCCCAGUAUUUCUGGUUCAUCCUGAAGGUCCGUUGGCAGCGACUGGAGGACAUGACAGAGCAAGGGGGUCUAGCCCCAAACUGCCCCGUGGUCCGCCUGUCAGGACAGAGGUGCAACAUCUGGGACUUCAUGCAAGGUCAGGAGGCUGGUCCACGCUUGAGAGGCAACAGGCCAUUGGUGCUGAAUUUUGGAAGUUGCACCUGACCUUCAUUUAUUUUCAAGUUUGACCAAUUCAAGAGACUUAUUGAAGAUUUUAGUUCCAUAGCAGAUUUUCUCAUCAUUUACAUUGAAGAAGCACAUGCAUCAGAUGGCUGGGCUUUUAAGAACAACGUGGACAUCAAGAAUCACCAGCAUCUCCAGGACCGCCUGCGGGCAGCCCGCCUGCUGCUGGACAGGAGCCCCCAGUGCCCCGUGGUGGUGGACACAAUGAAGAACCAGAGCAGCCAGCUCUACGCAGCGCUGCCUGAGAGGCUGUACGUGCUCAAGGACGGCAGGAUCCUGUACAAGGGUAAACCUGGCCCUUGGAACUACCAUCCAGAAGAAGUUCGUGCUGUUCUGGAAAAGCUCCACAGUUAAUCUGGACAGACCCCCCAGUUCUAGGUGCUCGGCAAGAGGGCUCCUCAAGGCUUGGCUUGCCCCCCAUCCCAGCUGACAUUUACCUCUUGACCUGUGUCCCCAGCUGAAUCACUAGCCCAGAUUUUUCUUAUCCAAGCAAACAACUGUUACAAUGAGAAAAUGAAGCUGCAAGUGAGCUGAGUGUUAAAGAAGGUACAACUCCACACUGCCCCCACCGUGGAGACCUUGUUCAUUGCACAAUGUCUCGGUGUGAGAGCAGGCGCACUCCCUGGGCUUCCUUCUGAACUCCAGCCACUCCACUAUGGCAUUCCUUAAAUGAAGUAACUUCAUUUUACCAAAUUUGCCAUUUAUGGAAUUGAUAAUUUAAGAACUAAAUUGGUUUUUAGAACUAAGCAUGGGGAUAACUCCAGGUGUUUAGAGAGAGAUGAGGAAUUUAAAGAGAAAGGAGUAGGAAUGGGAGCAGACAGUACAAAUGGUAACCCUUCCCUUGCCAAAAGAUUUAAACCAGAAAGUGGUGGGGGUGAUGAGAGGUGAGUUUCCCUGGUAAUAUGUCUUCAAUUCUACUGUAGAAGAGGAGGGUACUCACUUUACCAUCUUUGAAUAUAUUUCAUAGAAGUCUGGCUCUCCAUACCCGGGAAUCUUCUACUAUCUUCACUUACCAAGAGCCACUUGCGGGGAGGACUGGCUUCCUAAAAACAUUAUAACCUUGACCAAACUAGACCAUAGGCACUACAGAGCUGUCAUUCAGUUAUGCAGAAGCUCAUAUCUGAAAUUCGGCUUCUCUGAUUUCUUCACAAGUCUCCUAAUGGUCAUUUGUGUUAGAUUACAUCAGACUAAUGGAUAACCACUGAUAUUGAUCUGUUUUAACUCUGCCUCUUUUCAUAUUUGUUUAUGAUGGCCACAGCCUAAAGUACACACAGCUGUGACUUGAUUUGAAAGAAAAUGUUUUAAGAUGCAGCAAGCUAAU